AUGAAAUCAGACGGGAAGGUCUCAUUUACAGCACUGUGUUUGCAAACUUCGAAUAUUAGAUUUACUCCACAUGAAAUUAAAGGAGAUGUAAGUCCUAAAGGUAUAUUAUCAUGUACCUGUUCCUGCAAAGCAGGAUUAAGAGAAAAAUGUAAGCACAUUAUUGCCGUUUUGCUGUACUGCUAUCAGAAUAGUGAUAAAAUAGAAGUCUUAUCAUGUACCGAUAAGGAAUGUGAAUGGAAGAAAAAGCACAAGAAGGUUUUGCAAAAUUAUAAUCCUGUUCCUCUUUCCCAACAUGAAUUACUGAGAUUGAGGGGUGGCGCCGACUCUGAUGACGAGAUGAUGGGAAAAGGGAUGGGUGGGAGUUUACCUCCCUCCUCCCUUCCCCAUCCUCACCGACCUUGUCCAAGGUCGAGAAAGGGCACCCCUGCUGGUACCCCGGCUUCUUCACGGAAUCCGUCUAAAGCCGGGUCCCCAAAGCGACCGCAGGGUUUAUCGAGAGCGGGGUCGGAGGAGAGCUUCUGCGAGGCUCAAUCCGUAGACCUCUGCUCAGACGAGGAAGGGGACGGUUACGAGACGAGGUUCUCGUCCGUAACCAGAACCAGCGCCUCGUCGACUGGGACCAAGAAGCCACGAAAAAUCAGGGAGGAGACCACCACCCUACCUGAUUCUCCCUCCUCUGACGAGAGGAGGAAAAGGAGGGAGAAGAGAAGGAGAAGGGGCGGCCUCUUGUCCUCCGAUAAUGAGGAUUUGGAGAUCCUCAGGCUCAGAAAGAGGAUCUUAGGGGACGCCCCGCAAAGGAUCCCUCGCAAAUUGGGCAGCACACCGUCCGAAAAAAGAGGGAGGCAGCCGUGGAACGGAUCGAGGAGCUCCACCGCACAGUUGCCGAGAGGAUCAUGA